AUGAAGGAUCGAAAUAAGGAAAGUUGUAAGUUCUGGAAAUGGGUUGAUGGUGAUGAAGAAGAACUAGAAACAAACUUAAUGAAAGUCAAGAUUUCAAUAUUGGAAAAUGAUUUGAAAUCUUACAAGAUGAAGACAGAUGAGGAUGGUAUGAGUUUUAGAAAGAAACUCGAUGAAAUGAGCAGGACAUUAGAGAUUCAAAAAUGUUGUUUGUGGAUGCUUUUUGUUCUGCUUGUAGUGAAAUUCAUGAUGUGGUAUAGGGAAAAUGAAUGGAAUGGUUGA